AUGUCUAAUAUUAGAAUUUCUAAUGAUAGUCCCUCAACAACAAUUACUGAGACUUCAGAAACUAAUUCAAGACCAGAUUCUGGUGGUGAAACAUUGAUACUUAGAUUAUCAGGACAAGAAACAAAUAAUGGUGCAAGAGUACACUGGUCCACAAAUACUGUUGAUAAUGAGCAUAUGAAUAAGAAGAAAAGUAAAUGUUGCUGUAUUUAUAAAAAGCAACGUCGAUGGGAUGAAGAUUCUUCUGGUUCUGAUGAAGAAAUGGAAACUGAACAUUGCCGUGGACAUGUUGAAAAGAAAUGUAACCAUUAA